GAUUUCUUAAAAAAAAAUAGAGCAUGGAUACUGGAAUGCUUCUAUUCCUGUAUCCUUCCCAGUCAACAUUCUUAAAAUGUGGGUCUUCAACAAUAAUGGGGGAAGCGAGGCAGCCAGGGGUUUAGCAAAGGUCACACUCAGAAAUGUGUUCUGCGUUUGCUGCCAAUGAUAUCUAACCCGUCUCCUUUUAUUGAAUUUCACUCCUUUGAAUCUUGACAGUAAUGGUUUUGGGCAGCUCUGGAACAAAAUCCAUGUGAAUGAAGACAGAGAGAACCACACUGGCUGAUUUCCACGGUCAUUUCCUACCAAAACCCACCCAUCUCCUUUGCCUCUGCACAGCUCCAAAAGAGGUGGUCACAUGUGAUCACAUAAACGAGGCCCAUCAAGAUAUGAACUUUGAGGAUGUGGGCAUUGCCUUCUCUCAGGAGGAGUGGGGGCUUCUUGAUGAGGUUCAGAGACUUCUGUACUGCGAUGUGAUGCUGGAAGUGUUUGCACUUGUAGCAUCUGUAGGUUGUUGGCAUAAAAAGGAUGAGGAGGAGGCCUGUUCUGAUGAGAGUGUAUCUAUACAAGGAGAGUCACAAGUCAGGGCUUCUAAGACAGCUCCAGCAACCCAGAAGUCGCAUUCCUGUAAGUGGUGUUUCUCAGUGUUAAAAGAUAUUUUGCACCUGACUGAGUCCCAAGCAGAGUACUUUCAGCACAAACACUUCUUCAGUGAUGCAUGUGUGAGAGAAUUCUGUUCCAGUGCAAGCCCUCAUCAGCAGGAGAGGGAUGCCAGUGGAGAGAUAUCCUGGAAAGUAGCUAUGGACAGGCCCUCAUUUGUGACCAGGUGCAGCUUCUUCUUAUCAGAGGUGCCUUCAAACAGCAGAGAGUUAGGGGAAGACAUCCAAGCUCCCUCAGAGCUUCUCCAGCCCCAGGCCCCUCAGAACAAUGAGGAGCCACACUGUGGCAGUGAGGUUUCACAGGAAUAUCUCAGUGGAAAAAGUCAUCACCAGUGGGGUGAAUGUGAAAUAGCUGCCAGUCACAACCAGAAAGUUGUUGAUUCUAAAGGUGAAUGUUCUGGAGAACUGAUUUAUGAGUGUGACAAAUGUAGGAAAGUUUUCAGACGAAUCUUUAACCUCAUUCAACAUAAGAGAGUUCACACUGGAGAAAAGCCAUAUGAGUGUACAGAUUGUGGGAAGUCCUUCAGUAACAGUUCCACCCUCAUUCAACAUCAGAGAAUUCACACUGGAGAAAAGCCUUAUAAGUGUAGUGAUUGUGGGAAGUCCUUCAGAAGUAAGUUUAAUGUCAAUAAACACCAGCGAGUUCACACUGGAGAAAAGCCUUAUGAGUGUACAGAUUGUGGAAAGUCCUUCCGUGAGAGUUCUACCCUCAUUCGCCAUCAGAGAAUUCACACUAGAGAAAAGCCUUAUGUGUGCAGUGAUUGUAGAAAAUCUUUCAGAUAUAGGUCUGAUGUCAAUAAGCACCAGCGAGUUCACACUGGAGAAAAGCCAUAUGAAUGUACAGAUUGUGAGAAAUGCUUCAGUAAGAGUUCCACCCUCAUUCAACAUCAGAAAAUUCACACUGGAAAAAAGCCUUAUGAGUGUACAGAUUGUGGGAAAUCAUUUACCCAAAAAAUUACUCAACACCAUAGUAAUCAUAUGGGAGAAAAGCCGUAUCAGUGUAGUGAUUGUGGGAUGUUCUUUAGAGAAAAAGUUACCCUAAUUCAGCACCACAGAGUUCACACUGGAGAAAAGCCUUAGGAGUAUAGUGAUUGUGGGAAGUACUUCCAUGAUAGCUCUAACCUCAUUAAACACCAUAGAGUUCACACAGGAGAAAAGCUUUAAAUGGGAAGGGAGUAUUUUAUCUUUCUGACUCAGCAUAACAACACCUAAGGAGAAGGUUUUAGACCCAUUUACCUAAAUAUAGAAACCUUUUUGUCAGAACAUACACUCUGCCAGAUUCCUCAUAAGUUUCAGGAACAAGUGGGGCUUUAAGGAGCUGCAUUGCACUUGCUAACCUACUUUGGCCCACAAGCCUAUUGAUGUCACUGCGAGUAUUUGUGCAAAAGCUAUUUCACCUCUACCA